CCCUCUUCGUUUUCAGCCUCAGGAGCCGGGGAGGCUCGGCUGACCUGCUGACUGGGAACCAGAAAUGGCAGCUACGCUGGGCAGCGGGGAGCGCUGGACGGAAGCUUACAUUGAUGCAGUUAGAAGAAACAAAUACUCAGAAGACAGACCCCAUGAAAGUCAUGACCUCUGUGGCUGCUGUAACUGCAUGAAUGCGAAACAGGAAAAGAAGUCUGAGAAUGAGUGGAAUCAGACCUGGCAGGGUGAGGGGAGUGCCACUUAUACUGAGGAGCAGCUGCUUGGGGUGCAAAGGAUCAAGAAAUGCAGAAAUUACUAUGAGAUUCUGGGUGUUUCUCGAGAUGCCAGUGAUGAAGAGCUUAAGAAAGCUUACCGAAAACUCGCCCUGAAAUUUCACCCUGACAAGAACUGUGCUCCUGGAGCAACAGAUGCUUUCAAAGCAAUAGGAAAUGCCUUUGCAGUGCUUAGCAAUCCUGACAAGAGACUCCGCUAUGAUGAAUAUGGAGAUGAACAGGUGACUUUCACUGCUCCUCGAGCCAGACCUUAUAAUUAUUACAGGGACUUUGAAGCUGACAUCACUCCAGAAGAGCUAUUCAAUGUCUUCUUUGGAGGACAAUUUCCUACAGGAAAUAUUCAUAUGUUUUCAAACGUGACAGAUGAUGCCCACUAUUACCGCCGGCGGCACCGACAUGAGAGGAUGCAAACGCGGAAGGAGGAGGAAGAAGAUAAACCUCAGACUACGUAUUCUGCAUUUAUUCAGUUACUUCCAGUUCUUGUGAUUGUGAUUAUAUCUGUCAUUACUCAGCUGCUAGCUACUAAUCCCCCAUACAGUCUAUUCUACAAAUCGACCUUGGGCUAUACCAUUUCUAGAGAAACCCAGAACCUGCAGGUGCCUUACUUUGUGGAUAAAAACUUUGACAAGGUCUACAGGGGAGCAUCUCUGCGUGAGCUGGAGAAGACAGUAGAGAAGGAUUACAUUGAUUACAUCCAGACGAGUUGUUGGAAGGAGAAACAACAAAAGUCGGAGUUGACAAAUUUGGCGGGAUUGUACAGAGAUGAACGAUUGAAAGAGAAAGCAGAGUCGCUGAAACUUGAAAACUGUGAAAAACUUUCCAAACUUAUUGGCCUACACAGAAGUGGCUGAUAGGAUGAUAGUUCUACACAGGGUCGGGGUUUUACUACUUGUUACUAUUUAUGUUCCUAACUCCAUUUGAUAAUACAAAACUAGGAGAUCAUGAACAUUUUACAAUUUGCUAACUUUGGUGGGCUGAGUUGAAGGCACUUGAGCAUGGAACCAGACUUACCACAGAAUCCUUCCUGGGGAUUGGCUCUAGGGGCCAGAAACAGUUCAUCUGAGUUGAAUUAAUGGCAACGUGUUGGAUUCAGCCUCCCUGCCCCACACCUGCCCUGCCUCUAGGAAUGUAGAGGCAUCCCACAGCAGGUUCAUGCACCCUUCCUUCUUCCCUUCUUCACCAACCAGUCAUUCCUAGGCAUAGCCAAAGCAGCUUUAUAUUAGUUGUUUACAAAGUGCACCAAGAAUUAUACCUCUCCCUUCAUGAGAGUCAUCAUCUUCCCCAGAAUUCAGCCUUUGGAACAUGUUCCUACUCAUAGUUCCAUUUUCUAAGGGGAAUGUAGAGCAAUGUAAACUAUUAUAGUCAAUACUUUUCUAUUUGCCUAAUCUCUAUCCAGAAUUAUUAGCAAAAUUGCUGAUUUGAGUUUCUUCUAGUUCUUUAACACUCCCUCUCUUGCAGAGGGUUCCAGAAAUUAAAAGCAAUUGAGUGAAACAGUUCAAUGGAAGUAGGGGCCAGGGGCGAAGGUAAAAGGCAACACUUUGUCUCAGCUUCUCAGUCCAUCAUAGUACCCAGAGAAUGUCCUUUUUGUCAUUUCCCUUUGCAGCAUCACAGGAACUGGGUCCCUGCACCCCACAGAGGUACAGUGGUCAGACCUAAGAGGAGUCGGCACUGCCAGCUGCCUGGACCACUUGCUCGUGCCUGGGCGUGGAGGGGAAAGACCUUCUUUCCAUGGCAGUGGGGGUCCGGUGAUGGCCCCAGCAGUCUCUGUGUAACCCAGCGCCCUGUAGUUUGUGAUAGGACAUGUUUUUUCACAUAGUCAACACUCAUUGAGUGCCUAGCAUGAAGCAGGGGCUCUCACAUGCAUCUUCUUACUUCAGCCUCCUCACAGCUCUGUGAAGUAGACAGGUUAUCCCCAUUUUUAUGAAGGAGAAUACUGGCCCAGAGAGGAUGAAUGGUUGACCUGGGCCACCCAUGACCUGGGUCACACAAGUGAUAGUGGCAGAGCUGGGUGGUAGUCUGAUUAUCAAGUAGAAAUGGAGAUCAUCCCAAUUUCUCAGGUGAUUCUAGCCAGAUUGUAAAACAGGAUCUUUCCCAAGGAUGCCCCUGUCCUCCCGGCCCUGUGACCCUGUAUCCUUCCUACGGCAGUCCUUCAUCCACGCAGGACACCUUUCCCCUGGUCUUUAGAAACCAGGACUCUGUACCAACUUAGUAUACAAAACAAAAGGUCCCUCAAAGGCAGGCAGCCCUUCCCCCUGGUGACGAGGAAGGAGUAAGUUGCUGCCUGGGCCAUGUGGUUCUGGGCCUUCCUGCGACAUAAGCCACCAGACUGGGGCUGCCUAGAUUAACAGAAAUCUGAACCUGGAAGGAUCAGUAGCUGACUCUAGUCAACACUCAUAUUUCCUUCAGUAUGGAAGAAAAGUUCCUGUCGGACGGAGAUUCAACAUGAAAGCUGAUUUCCAGAGUGGAGUUUCUCCUUUCAGAUGCCCAGCCAUGAUUCACACAGACGUGUCCAGUUCGGUUCCGCAUGUGGGCAUUCCACAGGGUCAGGAGAUGCCUCCCGAGGUAAAGAGUGGGCGUUACUGACCGGUAGGGGACAGCUGCUCGGCUGUGGGGAGGGGGAGCAGCUCCAGGCACAGCCAGAUUUUGCUGCCCAACUGUGUCUCUCCUCCUGGGUGGUGGGGGCUUCCUUGAUGCCCUCUGAGUGACUGAGGGGGUUUACAUGGUAAAAUGUGCCUGUGAGCCCAGCAAGCUUAUGGAAAGUUUUCCUGUGCAAAAAUGAGCGUUCUCUUCGACCCUAACCCCUGCUAGAAAGUGGGCCAUAACUAAACUGACGACAGUUAAAAAAGACCCUGCUCUAGAUGCCCAUGAAGACUGUAGCCACACAUUUUCUGGGUUUCAUGGCAGACAUUCGUUACCUAUGAUGAUACGACAUAGAGGCAAUACUAACUCCAAUAAAUGUCAGGCCUGUUGUCUGUUUUUAUAACACUGAUGGUACUGUUUUAUUUAUUACCUAGUAGACCACAACACUCACAUCUGCUUUUCCUCAAGGGAAUGGUAUUUGCAUUUGGUUGAAGGAUAGAUUAAUCUAUUUGAUAUGGUCCAGAAUAUUGUUAAACUGUACUUUCCUGGGUUAUAGUUUAGAUAGGUUAUCUGCAUGGUGGUAAAAAAUAAGCAUUUUCCUCUUGCCUACAUCCCUUGGAAGGUUUUCUAGUCAUAUAUAAGCUCUUUAGGCAAGGCUUAUUCUUGCUGGCUGAACUUGGCAUGCAGCUCUAGUCUGCAUCUAUGAGCAGCGGGGCAGAUUGAAGAUGUGUGGUGAGAAAGCGGCUAUGAAAUAGGGCUUUGAGGCUCAAGCAAAAACGGAGGCUCUCGUCAUUAGAAUGAUAGUGCUCUUUGCACUGCAUGAUCCGCAGUGAGGAAGGGAGCGUGAAAAUCCUCACCACAGGGGACACUGCAGCUUGAAGGGAUCCGUGUCCCCAGAUUAGCAACCCUGGGAUUCAUCUGCCCAAACCAGAAAGCAUCUGAACUUCCUUGAUCAGCUCCAGGCCUCACAUCUUGGAAGAAGUGACCAGUAUGAAAAUAAAUUGGUAUGCUUUCUGUUGGAAACUAUUAGAAACUACACUGAACUCCAAACCCCAUCGGAACAUGGGAUCCAGCAGCCUGGCCAAGCUAUAUGUUGUUCUCAUUUUUCACCCUCACACUCAGGACUGGCUUUGUGAGAAGGCACUGCUGGGAUUCCAGAAGCUUUCUGUUACAACUGACCAUACAUGCAAGUUGUUUCUGCAUGCUCUGUUCCUCACAGGAGCUAGCACUUAAUUAGUAUUUAUUUUAGAUUCAUUCAAGGUGUAAGCUUAGUAUCCUAAUAACAUUUGUUUUUGGAAAGGGCCAAGUUACUGUACUUCUUUUUUGAGCCUGCAUUGUUGAUACCUCGUGCAAUGACCAUCAAGUAACUAUAUACCCAUGUGUUAGAUAUGAUUACAUCAUUUGCAUCCCAUUCAGUAUUUGGAAUUAAAGAUGUGAAUGUUCUGUGACCAGAGCCAGGUUUGACACAGAAGGAAUCAGCUCCUGGUGGAGUCCGAGUCCUAAAAAAUCUGGUCACCUGAUCUACUUCAUCUGGAUUGAGUGUAUUUUAACACACAAAAAAAUUAAAUGAUUUUAUAUUAAAAAAA